GGCGUGUGGGCGCGGGGGCGCGGGGCUCGGGUCCCAGGGCGUUUGGGGGCGGCCGGAGGGCGCGGAGAGAGCCUAGGUUCGCCGCCCGCUGACGCCACCGGCCAUGUCGGCCGAGGCCUCAGGCCCGGCGGCGGCCGAGUCCCCGGCCCUGGAAGCCCCUAAGCCCUCGGGUCUCGAGCCUGGCCCCGCCACCUACGGUCUCAGACCGCUGACCCCAAACAGCAAGUACGUGAAGCUGAACGUGGGCGGCUCGCUGCACUACACCACGCUGCGCACCCUCACGGGACAGGACACCCUGCUCAAGGCCAUGUUCAGCGGCCGCGCGGAGGUGCUCACGGACGCCGGAGGCUGGGUGCUGAUUGACCGGAGCGGCCGCCAUUUUGGUACAAUUCUCAACUACCUGCGGGACGGGUCUGUGCCACUGCCUGAGAGUACUAGAGAACUGGGAGAGCUACUGGGUGAAGCACACUACUACCUGGUACAGGGCCUGAUUGAGGACUGCCAGCUGGCACUACAGCAAAAAAGGGAGAACCUGUCCCCGCUGUGCCUCAUCCCCACGGUGACAUCUCCCCGGGAGGAGCAGCAGCUCCUGGCCAGCACCUCCAAGCCCGUGGUGAAGCUCCUGCACAACCGCAGUAACAACAAGUACUCCUACACCAGCACUUCAGAUGACAACCUGCUUAAGAACAUCGAGCUGUUUGACAAACUGGCCCUGCGCUUCCACGGGCGGCUGCUUUUCCUCAAGGAUGUACUGGGGGACGAGAUCUGCUGCUGGUCUUUCUACGGGCAGGGCCGCAAAAUCGCCGAGGUGUGCUGCACCUCCAUUGUCUAUGCUACGGAGAAGAAGCAGACCAAGGUGGAAUUCCCAGAAGCUCGGAUCUUUGAAGAGACCCUGAAUAUCCUGAUCUACGAGACUCCCCGGGGACCAGACCCAGCCCUCCUGGAGGCCACAGGGGGUGCAGCUGGAGGUGGUGGGACAGGUCGAGGGGAGGAUGAGGAGAACCGGGAACACCGUGUCCGCAGGAUCCACGUCCGGCGCCACAUCACCCAUGAUGAGCGUCCUCAUGGCCAACAAAUUGUUUUCAAGGACUGACUUGUUCUUUCUCCUGCCAUGGGACCAGUUUUCUUCCUGCCAGGGGACCAGGUCCCCCUCUCUUCCUCCCCUUACCAGCCCUUUGCCCCGGCUUUGCUGGCCAAGUCGUGGGUCUGCCUCUGUCCCCUCACUGCAUGGUACAGUUCACUUUGGCCCUUUUCCAUCCACCCCCACCUCAAUGCUAACAAAACGGUACACUCCACUCCCCCUCACAGCCCUUCAGAAGGCCUGCAUUCCUUCUCAUUCCCAGACUUGCCCUGCUGCCUUCCCUCACCAGCUGAUUUAGAGUAAUUUAGAACUCCUUUUCUCUUUUUUUAGUACAUUGUACAUGCCAAAGUGUCAAGCCAGCCCUUAUUAACACCCACGACAUUCUGAGCCACCUCCCAACCAUUGUACAGAGUAGUUUGCUUCUCUCCUUCCCCCGCCAUUCUCCCUACCUCUUUAACUUUGUAUUAGUCUGGCCUGGACCUGCACCAGCCCAGCUAUCUUCUUGGUCUGUUUCAUAUUAUUUAUUAUUUUAAUUUUCUAUUAAAUUAUUGGAAUAAAGUUGAGUUGAGGUUUUGGUGCUGGUUCCUGGGGAGAGGGCCAGGAAGAUGGCUUGUGUUAGGAGUGAGACUAGUUGGAGGGGAGAAAUCAUGAGCCCGGCUCCCAAACAUUUCACCAGGAAGAAAGUAGUCAGGAGUUAGGAGAGGAUUUAAAAUUUAUAUUUCGGUGCUCACUGGGCAGUUCCCACCCUCUGUCCCACCCCUCCCCAUGCGAUGGAGAAGAGGUCCUGGCUAGCACUCAAGCCAUCCCUGGUGCAGCCUCUCUCCAGCCCAGACAUCUGAAGAGGACGCCUUCCUUCAAGGGUCUGGUGCGAAGACAAAGUCGAGGGCCUGGCGCUCAGCCCCAGCCACAUUGGGAUGCCAGAGGUCCACAAUGAAGACUACUCGAGGCCCAUCUUCAGGGGCACCUAGGGCACAUGAGGAUGGAGACAGGAGAGCAGCUGAGAGCACUCACCAAACACUCAGACAAGCACUCAAGUAAGUGCCAGGCACUGCUCUGACCUCUUAAAUGUAUUAAUUUUUAAUCAUCAAAAAACAAUGAGGUCCUAUCAGAAUCCCACUUUAUACAUAGUAACUGAGGCACAAAGAGGUUAAAUAACUUGUCCAGAGCCACACAGCUAGUAAGUACCAGAGACUGGGCAGGUGGCACCUGCCCAGGGUCUUUGCCAUGCACUUACAUUAACUUAAUCCUUGCAGUUGCCAGGUAACAAAGUUGCCCCUUUUCACUGGUGAUUGGAGAGGUCAUGUGACUUACCCCAGGUCAUGCACUGGGAAAUGAUGGUGCUAGGGAGGAAACCAUUCUGCAGCUCUAAUCUAUUCCCCUUCUCUCCUUAGUUCCUCAUCCCUCUUAGCAGAAUAGCAUCCCCAUUACCAUUAUGAGCCACUGUGUGCAGGAAGGAGUCAUCCACCAGUAGACAGUGUCCUUCAGCCCAGCACUGGGGCUCGCCCCCGACCACCAGCUCACAGCCAGGGGGGAUCUUCAAUCCUGUGGAGAGAGACCCAGACAUCCAACAUUUCUGCCUUUGUUGUGGGGACUCACCCCUUUCAGUCAAUAAACGGAUCUGAGGGUCUUAAACAACAGGUGGUGUGAUGUUAUGUCCUUACUUUCUGGAAGGUAACCUAAGUGGAAUUCUACAGUAUUAGAUGAAAGAAGUGCUAGGAGAUAGGCAAGAUUCACAGUCUAUUCUGUUUCAGAGAAAAGGGAAGGUUUCUUGGAGGAAGUAGCAUCUCCUGGGCCUUUGACAAUGCC